AUGGCGGAUCUCCUGGCUGCAGUGGCCUCUGCGCACACGGCGGACGCCGUGGAGAGCGGCGACGUCAUCGGCCUCGCGCCGCAGCAGCUGGCGGACCUGAAAGAGCAGGCCAUCGCGUACGCGGCGGCCCACGGGCUGCUGGUGGGCUGGCGCGACCCGAGCAAGCCCAAGGAGCCGACGCCGGCCUUCACGCACAUCCCCUUCUGCCUGCUGCCCGUGCAGUUCCCGCGCGCGCAGUUCCAGCACGGCGCGCAGCUGUCGCCGGUCUACGGGCGGCUCGUGGACCGCGUGAGCCGCGACGUCGAGUGGCUGCACAGCUGCGUGCAGAGCGUCGUGGCCGAGGACGCCUUCACGGCGCGGCUGCUGCAGCUCUCGCGGCUCGUGCACGACGAGGGCGUGCAGCAGAAGGCGUACCUGGGCCUCCACCGCUCCGACUACAUGCUGCACGAGCCGCAGGCGGGCGUGGAAGGAGACUCGCAGCGCCUGCUGCAGGUCGAGCUCAACACCAUCUCGUCCUCCUUCGCCUGCAUUAGCUCGCUCGUCUCGGGCAUGCACAGCUACCUUGUCGGCCGCCACGGUGUGGACAUCCCGGCGCUGGAGAAGAACUACGGCAUUGCGGCGUCGGAGUUUAAGGGCGGAUUGCCGCGGAACGACGCCAUCAAGGAGCUGCCCAACGCGCUCGCAGCUGCGCACAAGCACUACGGCGUCAAGGACGCUGUCGUGAUGUUUGUGGUGCAGCCCAAUGAAGCCAACGCUAUCGACCAGCGCUGGCUCGAGUACAACUUGUGGGAGGACCACGGCGUCCGCGUGCUGCGCCGUACGAUGGCGGACGUGGACGCCCGCGGCAAGCUCGUUGAGCGUGAUGGCAAGCGCACGCUCGUCAUCGACGGACACGAGGUCUCCGUCGCCUACUUCCGCUCGGCCUACACGCCCAACGACUACCCUACUGAGCACGAGUGGGCUGGCCGCACGCUGAUUGAGCGGUCAUACGCGAUCAAGUGUCCGUCGAUCGCCUACCACUUGGCUGGCACCAAGAAGGUGCAGCAGGUGCUUGCUCAGCCCGACGUCCUUCGGCGCUUCAUGUCGGAAGACGAGGCCAAGCUGCUGGAGACGUCGUUUGCGGGUCUCUACGGCCUUGAGAAGGACUCCGCGACCAUCGAGGAUGUGAAGAAGAUGGCGACCGCCAACCCGCGCUCCUACGUGCUCAAGCCUCAGCGCGAGGGUGGAGGCAACAACCUGUACGGCGACGAGGUGGCCUCCGCUAUCCAGAAGAUGAGUCCGGCUGAGCUGGAGUCGUACAUCUUGAUGGAGCGGAUCUUCCCCAAGGAGAACCCUGCUGUCCUGGUGCGCAACAGCCUCACGUCCAGUGGCUCCACGAUCAGCGAGCUCGGCAUGUUCAUCACGAGCUUGUUCGACGCCGAAGGCAAGGAGAUCGUUAACAAGCACGCGGGCCACCUGCUGCGCACGAAGCUGUCGGGAACUGAUGAGGGUGGUGUCGCCACGGGUUUCUCUGUUGUGAGCAGCCCGCUGCUGGUUUAG